CGCCGAGCCCCGCCGCUCUCCCAACCACCACCCCCUUACGCAAGGCUCCCCUGCAGCUCCCAGGGAUCGGGUGGGAAGGCGACCACCCGAGUCACGUGGCGGCGCGGCGGGCGCGGCACACCAUUGGCUGGCCCGGAAAGACCAAUGAGAGUUGGGCUCUUGGAUUCAAACCGAGGGCGGCGCGGAAGCGGGCAGUUAGUCUGUGGGGACGCCUGUGAGGAGAGCUGUGCCUGCUGUUUGUGCUGCCGCCCGACAUGGCCCAGAAGCAAAUCUACUAUUCUGACAAGUACUUUGAUGAGCAGUACGAGUACCGACAUGUGAUGCUGCCAAGAGAACUUUCAAAACAAGUCCCAAAAUCCCAUCUAAUGUCUGAAGAGGAGUGGAGAAGACUUGGUGUUCAGCAAAGUCUUGGCUGGGUUCACUACAUGAUCCAUGAGCCAGAACCGCAUAUUCUUCUCUUCCGAAGACCUCUUCCAAAGGAUAUGCAGAAAUGAACCAUUGUCUAUAAAUCUUCUGGAACUAUGUAUAUGAGUGUAUAUAUGUUGGUAGUAUUCAGUGAAUACUUUAAAAUGUACAAAACUUACAUCCAUACCUGUGCAUGAGCUGUAUUAUUCACAGCAACAAAGCUCAGUCAAAUGCAAUUCCAAGUAGGCUGCUAUGGUGUUCAAAGAGUGAUGAACUUAUCUUUUAUACUGUUAAUGUAAGUGCCUAUGUGACUUUUCAGUGAAUUCUGUUUAUUAGAAGUUACAUAUUGCAUGGUCUGACUAUGUGAUCACUUCUUACCUGUGUUCAAUAACUUUUGCGCUCAACUUUUCUGCUGAAGUGUAUAGCAUGUUCAAAUUCAAUGGCUCACCUCUUUUGUAGUAGGCAUAAAGAAAUAAACUGGUUUAAAUGAUCUCUAAAA